AUGGUUCUUCCAAUCAAUAACCCGACGAAGUCCUUCUGGAUCGAGGAGGCCGGCUCUGCUCUCCAAGACUUUCGGUCAACGAAAGAUCUACCAAAUGAGACAGAUGUCAUAAUCAUAGCAUGGUCUGCUAGAUUCGGGCCCGAUGAAGCGAUGGGGCUUAUCAAACAUGAAAUGGCGCACCUGUUAGCUUUUCAGGAUCUUCUGGCCGAGGAGGGCAUAGCUGAGGAAGUGUGCUUUCGGCUAGGUGAGACAUUUGAUGCAGCCAUGUCAGAUGAAGCCUGGGCACGACUGAAAGGCGCGUAUGAAGCAAUGAAGAAGGACCAUGGGGAGGACAAUGAGGUGGUCAGGGUUUGCAGGCUAGUUGAAGACACCAAAGCUGCGGAGGAAUUUACCCAGAUGAAAGCAUGCCUGGGGGCAGUGAUGCAUCCGGCCGGUCAAUUAUGGCCGUACAAAUUUGUUCAUGCCCUGCUCCGCAUAGUCCUCAAAGCAGGUAAUUUGAACCUCCAAGCACAUACGCCAGCUGAAUAUGUCUCAGAGCGAGACAACUCCGGUUGGAUCACUGUCGAGACGGCGAGGGGGGAUGUACGAACGAAAGCCGUGGUGCAUGCGACAAAUCGAUGGGCCUCUCACCUCCUACCGGAAUUCGGCAAUCUCAUCUUUGGGAGUAGAGCAACUUUGGCAUCAAUCAAAGCACCAGAAGGUUUUAUCAAACACACAGGUGCCCAACAUUGGGACAGUAUCGUGAACAAUUAUCACCUUCAACUUCCACCACCUUACAACAGCAUCAUUGUUGGCGGAGCAAGAUCUCUUCUUGCACACUCUCCUCAAGAUUGUUUCCCAAACGACGAAGAGGAUAAACAAUUCGAUGGUGCUUCGGAAUUCUUCCAAUCGUGGCCUGAGUCGGACGUGGUGGGAUGGCCUGGGAACCAUCCAGCAGAGUUAGCAAAGAAUAUUGACGAGGGUGGCUGUUGGUCGGGUGUUGAGUCGAUGAGUAUAGACGCAUUUCCUUUUGUAGGUGAUGUUCCAAAUAGGGAUGGACACUUCGUUACGGCUGGCUUUUCGGGCCACGGCAUGCCACGUAUUCUACUUUCCGCCGCCCAUAUCACACCACUGAUUUUGGAUGCCUUGAACGUCAAGUACACUCCUCCCUCCCUCGUUGCGCCAUACCCGCCUCUACCCAAACCAUUCCAGGCAACGGCCGAACGAAUCACUUCUCUCCAAAAGAUAAAUUCUUGCGCUGUUUUUGAAAAGAACCACAAAGACUGUCUAGAAAGUGCAAAGAAACCCUUUUGUAACAGAAUCCCGGGUCGCCUGAGACCUUCGGGCAGGUGGUGGAUGAUGAAUGGGUAA